AUGCCCAAUACGAAUCCGGACAUCAAAGAGUUAGACAUGGAAUCGUUGGAUGUCAAAGGGGUAACCAGCCCUCCUGCUGGCCACCUGCUCCCGGCUGAUUGGUCCUUGCGCGCGAUAUACGUCCGGCACAAACUCUACGCAAGAGUCCAGUACACUGCCGACAGCCACAGACCCGCCAAAGAAGCCCCCACCUACAGGAUGGUCGACACGGACUCAUAUCUGGCCCCAUUCCAGCUCGGCGUUUCCCAAUUGACGCAAUUCGACUUUGCUUCAUUCAAACGUCGGGUCAUGCGUCAGUCCAUGCAACAGGCUGGGGCAAGCAUGCCUCAUCCAAUCGACAUCGUGUCCGUUUACGCCGACUUCAUGGACAUUCUAACUUGGAAAUAUGCCGUCAAUCAGUCGGCCAAGUGCAACAGGGGCAGAGGCUUACCCGGUCUUGCGAUCCGGACAGACCAACCCGCCAAAUGUCAUGAAGACACCAAAGACACCAGGCCAACCAACAGACGCCGCAUCUCCGCGCCUCCCGCCCCAGCCGCCCCAGCUGUUGCAGCCGUCGCAGCCGUCCCGGCAGAUGAAUAUAUGUAUUCUUGGCCACCCCACACUUACGAGAGCUGCGCGUCUCCUGCCCCGACCGUCCCCGGUGUUUCUGUCGCCGCAGCUCCAGCUCUCCCAGCCGCCUCUACCGCCCCAGCCGUCGCAGCCGUCCCGGCGGACGAUGACAUGUUUUCUUGGCCACCCCACACUUACGGGUCCCGUGCGUCUCCGGCCCCGACCGUCCCCGCUGUCUUUGCGGCAGCUCCAGCUAUCCCAGCCGCCUCUACCGCCCCAGCCGUCGCAGCCGUCCCGGCGGACGAUGACAUGUUUUCUUGGCCACCCCACACUUACGGGUCCCGUGCGUCUCCGGCCCCGACCGUCCCCGCUGUCUUUGCGGCAGCUCCAGCUAUCCCAGCCGCCUCUACCGCCCCAGCCGUCGCAGCCGUCCCGGCGGAUGAUGACUUGUUUUCUUGGCCAGCCCAUACUUACGAGUCCCGCGCGUCUCCAGCACCGACCGUCCCUGCUGCGUCUGUCGCCCCACCACUCCCAGCCGCGUCUACCCCCCCACCCAUCCCCGCCGCGGCGGCAACCCCAGCGGUCCCAGCAACCCAAGCGUUACCAGCCCUCGAUGCCACUCCAGGCGCAUCAACCGGCCAAGCCACCCCAGCCGUCCCUGCGGUGACUGCGGCCUCCGAUAUAACUAUUGAGAUGUUCCUAACCAUUUGCCAGCUCCCCCCUAAGGACCCCGAGCAACCUGUCGUUCUUCUCAUAGCAAGUAACUAG